AUGCAGCUUCUUGAGUCAGAUGACCGAAGACGAUUGGAAUGAAAUGUGCAAGAGCCUCGUAGGAACAGCAUUGACAGAUGGAGAAACGGACUUCGUGGUUGACCUUUUCAUCCCGUUGAUGAGUACGAUGUUUUUUGUGAAGUUAUGUGCUCGGAACUGAUGACAUUGUGCACGUCGUUUGUUAUGGAUGGACCAAGUGGUAUCGGUAAUAUUCCAGCGUUUUUGGGUGCGAUCCUUUGCGCAAACUGGCCUCGUCAUAUGUCGAAGGCUAUAGACACAAUCAAUCCGAUAUUAUACACUUCGGUUUCUGUCAUAAAAGGCUGGAUCUUAGUCCUCGAGGAAGACAAUGAGGCCGUUAUUAGAGCUGCAAAUACUUCCACGGGCAAUAUUGAUGAGGCGAAUUCGUCAUUGAAUGAUUCAGAAAGAGAGGAUCCUGAAAUUGUGAAUAGAUGUGCUCAUUCUGUCUGUUUGCUGUGUGAAUCAGCUCAACGCUCAUUGUGGAUGAAGUGGCCGGAAUUGUGCGACGAAAUCUAUGCUGUGAUUAAGCCCUGCAUUACGCACAAUCAAAUUAUUACUGGGGACGUUAAAUCAGGUCUACUUCAUACUAUAAUGUGUUUGAAUGCUUGGACUAGGACGAAAGCGGUUACAAUGAAAAAUACCCAAACACAAACCGUUCGUUCAAAUUUUUCAUGA